CAAACCAAAUCGAUGUGACCGAUCUGAGGGCAUCCUCACUCCCCACUCCUCAAUUCUCAAGCGUGUCCAACGUUGUCCAUUGUGUUAGAAUCCUCUCUGCCCGGUUGCACCACCGUCUUCAUCCACCGUUCUCACCAUGGCCACCAUGCCCAUGAACCCUAAGCCUUUCUUGAACUCACUCACGGGCAAACCCGUGAUGGUCAAGCUCAAAUGGGGCCAUGAGUACAAGGGCUUCCUAGUGUCCACCGACGGCUACAUGAACCUCCAAUUGGCCUCCACCGAAGAGUUUAUUGAUGGCACCUGUACCGGCAAUCUGGGCGAAGUUCUUAUUCGGUGCAAUAAUGUAUUGUACGUUCGUGGCGUCGAGGAAGAUGAUGAUGCUCAGCCGAUGGCAGAUUGACAACAAGUAAUCAAUGUUUGAGAAUAAUGAAGAUUAUGCUCGCCAUGCCUCGAAUGACGAAGAAAAGUAUCAGUUAUGUUCAUGAAAGAGCGAAUGCGUAAAAAUACAGCGAGGAGAGAACGUGAA